AGCCAUUUUGGCUCAAGCGCUUGUGUCUCAAGCCACUCUGGCCGUAGCUCGUCUCAAAGCCUAGCGCUCUGGUGAAAGGCUCUCUUCCAAUUUGAGCAGGCUGCCAUGGCUCCCUGCGCUAACCCGCUCGUUCGGGCUCACGUGGCUAUUGUGGCGUGCGCGUUGCCCUGGCUUGCCUCUGCCGGCGGAGGCGGCGGCGAAAACAUCUUCAAGUUGAAAGCCGUAGACUUGGAUAACUGGGAGUUCUGGGGCAUCUUCGCUGGCAUGGUCUUCUACGGCGUCAUCAUCGACCGGUUGCAGUACUUCACCGAGGAGGCUGUCAAGGACUAUCGUCUCAGCAAGAUGAUUUUUGACAGGUGCAUCACCGAGUUUAUGAUAUUCGGCAUCGUGGCGAUGAGCCUGUUCCUCAUCAUGAAUGUGGUUCCUGACAUCUCCCCGCGCACAGCGAGCCAGCUUACUUUCUGCGAUAUGCUGGUGUCUUUCGCAGCAUGCUCUCUGAUUCUGCUGGGUUGGAUCUAUUCUUGCCUUCGCGUGAAUGUCCAGGCGCUUGUAGUAUCAGGCUCCGACAAGAGCAUCCUGGGCUGGAAGCCCAUGCCGGAAAAGAUGCAGAAGCAAUUCAUGGCCUUGAACCAGCUGGACGACCAUAAUUUCGCGUGGCUCCCGUAUUUCAACGAGUCAUUGGCCAAUCAGAUUUGCAACCUCAUAAACAUCAAUUGGAAGACGUGGGUCAUUACAUGCCUCAUCAGCUUGCCCAUGGUUUAUAUCAAGUCUCAGCAGCACAAAACUGAAGAGAACACAUACAUCUUCGGGUACGCCGACCUUGAGUGGAUCCUCGUGCUCCUCAUCCUUGUGACAUGGGUUGUCAUUCGCAUGCUUCGCAACAAGCUGUACUCAACCUUGGACAAGGCAGGCGAUCCAGACGAAGCAGGUAAGGACGUCGACGUCAAGGACAAGCUUCUCGGCGGGGAGCAUGGCUCCGCCCAGCAGCUGAUCGAGAAACAGGCACGUUGGAGCAACAUCCUGGCGUUGGUCUUACAGCUUGAGGCCGUACUGAUGUGCUUUGUCGCGGGUAUGUACGUCAUGCACAUGUCCUACAACAUUGACUACGUUCACUGGUCCACUGCAUUGCUUUGGAAAGGUCUCUUCGUUGCUGGGUGUGUCAUCGGUCUCUUUCUCCUAGGGCCGCUCGCGCUCCUUGAGCUGACCUCGAUCCAGGCGUUUGUGGAUCCCGACGAUGAUGUAUUGAGCUCUAUCAUGGCUCAGGUCAACGAGAUUUGGAGCGACUGCGAGCACAUACGUCGCCAAAUGGAGUCAAAAUCAUACGCAGCUGGCUCCCAUGCGAGCGCCAAGGAGUGGGCAAAGAAGGAACUUACAAAAGUGAACGGGACAGAUACUAUCGCGAAGAGUACUUUGCAAAAAGAUUUGAGUGCCAUGGGAAUCAGAAUCUCAAAACGCAACGCUAAGAAUAUCUUUGAUCACUUGGAUGUGAACUCCAGUGAUCGUGCCAGCACGGGCGGGACACUCAGAAGUUCUCCGUCGAUGCGCAAGAUGAAGGACGCGGCAAAAUCUAUCCUGGAGCACCAGAUCAGCGUAGACACGUUCAUCGAUAUGGUGUUCGAAUCGCAUAUGGACCGAUGCGUGGACAAGUCCGCCGGUGAGGAGUGAGAGAGGCUCGAUGCCGUUUGCCAUCCUUUGCCUCACCUCUUUCUCCUGCCGUCUCGCCCUUUUCCUCCCCCUCUUCCCCCUACUCUCCACUCUUCCUCUCGGCCUUACUUGCACUUUCCGAUCUCGACCGAGUGAGGUGCGACCCGGCUUGGAGCUCAUGCUGGGCAUUGGCUAAUCCGCUGUGCAUAUAACUUUUGCUUUGGCGCAGCAAUUUUGUGCCACUUAGCCUAGCUUGUUUGAUCCUUACUGCAUGUCAAGCAAGCCGCUGCUGUAUUUCCAGCAGCCAGUGCUAGAGUAGCAGGGCACCAUCGGAUUCGGACUAUGUCUGCUUUUGCGAGAUCUUUGCGCCUGCUAGCGACGUAGGUGUAGUUUCGGCAUCGGUUGGAAAUCUUUCGUGCUGUCCUUGCCCCCUCUCCCGUGAGUCUCCCUCGUCCCUGCGUGUCGCGAGAGCCAGUGUCUACGUCACUGCUUCGGGGAGGCCCUCCAGGCAGUAUGUUUUGAGAGCAAAGUUCCACCUCUCCAUUUGGUCAUGAAGGGCAUGCGGUGCUUGCACGAUUUGAUCGGCAGAUUUAUCUCCUCCACCUUGCGAGGAUGUCCUGGCGCAGAGAGCUCGCUGUGAUGUUUCGCCGCAUGCAUCUCCCUCGGUGGCAGAGCUGGCUGCAGACUUGAGGGGUGCCCCUGGCUAGGCACCCCAAGGGUGGGAUGGCAGAUCGGGGAGGGACUUUGCCGAGCGAUUGCUCUUCGACGCCGGGCCAGACGAAUGAUUCCGCGCCAGGCCAGGCGCGAUGAUCGAUGAUGAAAUUGUUGGUUGCAAGAGAAUGAGCCGCAGAGCGCCUGGCCUGGCCAGCGCGCGAGCGCGUCUACGGGAGCCUGGACGACAGCGGGCUCUCCGUUCGCGGCGGCGCGAUGUGCUGGCUGGGAGCUCCGGCCAGGAAGGCAUGGGCUGGAGGGCGCGGGCUCGCGCAGCGCCCAGAGUCGGGGGAGGCCUCGGGAGUCGCGGCGUCCCGCCCUCCAGCUUGGCUCGCUGGCAGGGAGGUGGGUGGCGGAGGAGUGAGGAGCGCCCUUCGUCGAGCUGGCUAAGUGUUUUUGUUUUUUGGCGUGGCAGGCACCGCCCCACGUCCUAAACUAGAAUAGGAUAGAUUCGAGGAAAGGCUCGCGCUGACAAAGACGGCCUUCAGGACAGUUUCACGCAGUCGCCGCCCUCUCUGUGAUGCCCGUGUGGCACAAUCAGCCGCGAUCGCAUUUCGUUUGAACUGUUCAGUUCAGGCCUGACAAUGCCUCGACCGGGGUUGCGGGUAUGAUUUACGAUAGCGGCGAGAAUUUUUUCUCGAUGGGCUCGUGAUGCGAACGGCACGCGCGCGAGCUCCGACAGGCUCUUUGCCUUCGGCCCUGCGGUCGGAUUUGAGGAGCGACCCAAGCACACAAAAAAAAGAUGCCUCCCGAGGAGCC